AUGGAGACCCCCGCCGCCCCGGACGGCCCCCGCGCUGCCGCCAAGGAGCAGCCCCUCGAGCGGCCACGCGCCCCGGGCUGGCUGCGGGGCCUGCGGGGCGCGCUGCCCCCCGACUGUCGGCGGGAGGCGGCCGCGCUGGCGGCGCUCGCGGGCCCCGUGUUCCUUGCGCAGCUUAUGAUCUUCCUCAUCAGCCUCGUCAGUUCCAUAUUCUGCGGACAUCUGGGCAAAGUGGAGCUGGACGCCGUCACGCUCGCUGUCACGCCCUGCCUGGGCCCUCUCCCUGAACCCCGAGCCAGUCAGUCAGCCCUGACCUUCUCUCGCCUGCCCUUCCUCACGCCACCCCAGACCUCGGCAUGCUCCUCUUCUCGAUCAGCCUUCCUCCUGCACCCUGGAACUUCCCUGUCUCCUCCAGGCCCUUCCUCUCCAAGUAUUUCCACUCCAUUAUGGAGGCCUUUGCCUUGUGGGGUAACCGCUGGGUAUCGGGUGUGUGACCUGUUCCCUCCUGGGGCUGGGGCGUGUGUUUUACCAGGCCAGAGUCUUGUCAGUGAAGAAGCUGCCUCUCCUGGGGUUCCCAUCGCUGCUAACUGUGAGACCCAGGGUGAAAAUGAGAGUCUUCAGAAACCCUCGCCCUUGGUCAUCUGUGUGCCCUUGGUUGUCAGGGCACUAGGUGAAGUGGUGAACGUUACUGGGAUCGCAGUUGGAACUGGCUUAGCCUCAGCUUGUGACACACUCAUGUCUCAGCCCCCAUCGGUGUCUGUUCCCGCCCACCCCAUUGGGCCCGGUGCCUUCCAGGCCUCUCAUGAUGACAUUCUCAGGGGCCAGCUGGCCCCUUGGCUGCCCUGGUUCAGAGCCUCCCCGCUCGGGCGCUCCCCCUGCACGUGUUGUGUUUGUUUCCUCAAGUCCUUUGGAGGCAAGAACCUAAAGCGAGUGGGGAUCAUACUGCAAAGAGGAAUCCUCAUCUUGGCGCUGUGUUGCUUUCCCUGCUGGGCCGUCUUCAUCAACACGGAGCGCAUCCUCCUGCUCUUAAAACAAGACCCAGAAGUCUCCAGGAUAGCCCAAGUUUACGUGACGAUUUUUAUUCCUGCCCUCCCUGCAGCAUUUUUGUUCCAGCUACAGACAAGAUAUUUACAAAGUCAGGGCAUCAUCAUGCCUCAGGUUAUCACUGGGAUCGCCGCAAAUGUCAUCAACGUGGGCAUGAAUGCCCUCUUGCUGUAUGCUCUGGACCUCGGAGUGGUAGGAUCUGCCUGGGCCAACACCACUUCCCAGUUCUUCCUAUGUGCUCUGCUUUUCCUCUACAUGCGGUGGAGAAAAAUCCAUGUCAGCACCUGGGGAGGUUGGACUAGGGAGUGCUUGCAGGAGUGGGACUCCUAUAUCCACCUGGCCGUGCCCAGCAUGUUCAUGGUGUGCAUCGAGUGGUGGACCUUUGAGAUCGGGACCUUCCUUGCAGGACUGAUUGACGUGACGGAGCUGGGAGCCCAGGGCAUCAUCUACGAGCUGGCGUCUGUGGCCUACAUGGUGCCCCUUGGCUUUGGGGUUGCAGCCAGUGUCCGAGUGGGCAAUGCGCUGGGGGCAGGGGACGUCGAGCAGGCGCGGUGCUCCUGCACCACUGUUCUCCUGUGUGCUGGAGUUUGUGCACUUGCCUUGGGAUUAUUACUCGCAGCUCUGAAAGAUGUGGUUGCCUAUGUAUUCACCAGUGACAGAGAUAUUAUUUCGCUUGCGAGCCAAGUGAUGCCAAUUUUUGCUCCUUUUCAUCUAUUUGAUGCCCUUGCAGGCACCUGUGGUGGGGUCCUGAGAGGUACAGGAAAACAAAAGAUUGGUGCUAUCAUGAAUGCUGUUGGUUACUAUGUUUUUGGUUUUCCCAUCGGAGUAUCUCUGAUGUUUGCUGCUAAACUUGGAAUAAUAGGUCUCUGGUCUGGAUUGAUACUUUGUGUCUUCUUUCAAACCCUCUUCUACUUGGUGUGUAUCUUCAGGAUAGACUGGAAUAGAGUUGCAGAGCAGGCACAAGUUCGAGCUGGGCUAAAAGGGAUUAAAGAGACCAUACCUACCCCAACAGAUCUACCUAUCAUGGGAAGAGAAGGAACUGACGGAGUGAUUUUGCCUGAUGUCAUCAGACCAGAGAGCCAGACCCUCCAGCUGAUGGUACUGGAAGAAAACACCCAGUAUGCAGUGAGCACCGUUGGGGAUGUCUUGACACUGAGACAGCUGAUUUUCUAUCGUGGAAUGGCUCUGGCUCUUGCUGUUGUGGUCCUUUUAGCAGGAAUUUUCAUAAGAGUUUUCAAUGACCGUGGCUAAAAUGGAAGACUUAUUACUACUCUACAAACUAGAAAUGAUAAUUGUAUGCCAUAUAUUAAGUAUCACAGGUGACCUUAUUAUUUGGACGGUGGUUUUCCUCUCAGUUGUACACGGAAAUGGUAUCAGGGAUGUUUCCUUGGUUAUUCUGAGAAACUGCACUAUCCUCAUGGACAUGAAGAAAAGAGCUAUAAUUUUUAAGUAAACUUUUCUCUGUUCGCUC